AUGGAUCCCUCGCUGCAUGAGGUCUGGCAAGCUGCUGCGGGCAGUCCCUUCCUCCCCACCGUCGGCAAAGGAACCCAGUUCUUGGUCGGCUCCGUGCUGGUGCUGUCGGGCGUCGCGGCCACGGGCGUCUUUGCGCUGAACCGCUCGCUCGUCAACCUCACCGUCAUCGGCAUCCCGGCUUCGCUGGCACUGGCGUUCGGAGUCGUCUACAUGUUCUGUGCGGUCGGAGUCUACCCGUCGCCUCUUGUUAUGGCGCCUGAAUCCGUUCCCAUUUUCCGUGCGGUAGCCACGUCCACGCGGCCUCUAUACCAGCUUCUCCGCUGCAUCAACUUUGCGCCCAGAGUUCACGUUCAGAUUACCGAGGAGGGCAUUCGAUUCGCGGCUGACCACGCCCGGGUCAUGCAAGGUGUUGCUUUCUUGGACAAGGCGCUUUUUGCGGCGUACACGGUCAAUCUCGCCCCGACAUCAGAUGGCGAGCCGCCCGAGCUCCCCAACUUCCAGAUAUCUCUGGCGUCCUUUCUUGAGGUUCUACAAAUCUUCGGGGCCGUCGACGUUGCCACGCGUGCGCAAAAGGCGGAGCAGGAUCCUUACCGAAGCAAUCUGCGCAACUACCGACCCGACGCCUUUAGCAACCAAACCCUGGGCAUCUCGGGGACCUGCACGCUGAUUUACUCGGAGGAGGGCGACCCGUUCAAGAUCACCAUAGAAGAAUCUGGAGUCAAAACUACGGCCGGCCUGACGACGUAUCUUCCGGAGAUACCAGAGGACAUUCCCUUUGACCGCAACGACCUGGCAUUCAAAAUCAUCAUGCAGUCUCGGUGCCUGCUGGAGUCACUCGCCGAGAUUUCCCCAACGGCACCUGUCAAGCUCACGAUUACGGCCAUGAAGACGCCGCCGUACCUGUCACUUGCCGGCACGAGCGACCUCGGCACCUCUGGUGUGGACUUUGCGCGGGGAAGGGACCUGUUGGAGACCUUUACCAUUGCGGGCCGGUGGUCGCAGACGUACAAGUUCGACUUUGUCAAGAGUUCGAGUGAGGCGAUGCGGAUCGCGAGCAAGGUCAGUCUGCGGGGCGAUGGACAGGGUGUGCUGAGCUUGCAGUUCAUGGUGGACAUGGAGAGCGGCAAGAGGAGCUUCUUAGACUUUCGAUUUGUCCCGUUUGUGGCGCAUGACGAGGAUGAGGAUGACAUGGAGGGAGAAGGGGAAGAGGUAGAGGAAGCUGAAGGAUGA